AUGUCGUAUAAUGAUAAUCCUAAACCUAAAAAUGAUCAUUUUUUAUCAAUAAAUAAAGAAAUAUUAUUUUUACCUACAUCAAAUCAUCCAAAUGAAAUAAUUGUUUCCUGGAAUUUUGAAUCUCCAACAAAUAUGAUUGAUUGGAUUGGAUUAUAUAGAAUAGAAGAAAAAAAUCCAUUAUAUUAUUUAUCUUAUCAACAAAUUAAAUCAACAACUUGUUCAUUAAUAAUUUUUCAACUAAAAUAUGAAUCAAUUUUUCAAUAUUCAACAAAUUAUACUUUUAUUUUCCGGUAUUAUGAUGGAAUAUCAGGAUCUUUACGUGCAACAUCACCACAAUUUUGUAUCUUUUCUCAUGCACGGCUUGUUGUUCAUGAAUUAAGUAUUAAUGGACAACUGUCUUUAAAGAAACAACAUAAUAUAAAAAGUUGUUUCGGAAAAAUUUAUUGUGGAAAUUUUUCCUAUAGAACAUUGACUAUUGAUAGAAUAAAUAAUGAUGAAGAAUUUGUAUGGAAAAAUUUAAAAUUUUUAUUCCCUGUAGAUUGCUCUAAAGACUUAACAAUUGAAAUUUUAAAAGAAGAACAUUUGAGAAAAAAUAAAAUUCUUGGUGUUGCUACAAUUCCUUUUUUAGAUCUUAUUAAUUCUACAAGAAAUAGAAACCUUGUCAAUUACACUUGUCAUUUAAGAAAACAUAUUAUACAAGAGGAAGAUACUAAAAUCUAUUCAUUAAAAGAAACUUGUCAAUCUUCAAAUAUAGCUUGCCUAACUUUAACUAUACAAAUUAUUGUUGAGGAUUUCAAUAAUAAACAGGAAAAUUUGUUGUUAUUAUCAUCAAAUAAUAAUAACAACUUAACAAAUCCAUUAAUGGAAACUAUGAAUAGUAACAAAGAUAAUGAAAAAGAAAAAAUAUUGGUUGUGAGAAAAAAUAUAACUUCUGAUAGAAAUGCUAAUACUAUUAUGCCUUUAAGAAAAAAUAAUGAUAGUCAAAUUGAUUAUUAUAACAAUUCCAACAAAUUUUUACUUAUGAGUAAUUCUCAAUCUUCAAGUAUAUCUUCUGGAGUUUCAAGUCUUUCUGAAACCUCUACUUCAUCAAGUAAAAGUAGUAUUGAUAUUAUUACAAAUUUACCUAAUGGUUUUGAAGCAAGAAUCGAUAAAAUUGGUAGAAUUUUUUAUAUUGAUCAUAUUAAUAAAACAACAACAUGGACAUUACCAAAUAGUUAUGAAAAAAAAUCAUUUAUUGAUAUAAAUAAUAGAAAACUUUAUGGUAAUGAAUUAUUCAUGUGUAACAGAAGAACAACUGUAAAUUCUUCAUCUACAAAUAUUCAACCAGCUUUAACAUUUUUACAACGUUCUGACUUUCUUAAUAUUCUUCAAACAAAUUCUAUUGCUCUUGAAACAUAUAAUUCAAGUUCAUACUUAAAACAUAUGAUAACAAGAAUACGAAAAAAAGACAAUGAAGAUGGUAAAAGUGAUACAUAUUAUUAUGAAAAAUUUUCUAAAAAUAAAGAAUUAAUUAAUUUUAUUAAUUUAUUUGCUGAUAAAACUCAACCUUUACCAGCUGACUGGAUAACAAUAAAUAUUCCAACAACAUUUUAUGUUAAUCAUAAAACUAAACAAACAACUGCUAUAGAUCCAAGAUUACCAAUUGAAAUUAAAAAACGUCCCAGAAGUGAAGAACAUAAAAAAAAUAAUAAAGUUGAUACAUCAUUAACAAAAAUAUAUGAAAAUAUUGAUGAAAUAAAAAAACUUGUAAAAGAACAUUAUCCUCAAUUAUCUGAUAGAAUGUGUAAAAAAUUAAAUUUAAUAUCUAAAGUUGGUGAAACAGCUUUAUUAAGAUUUGCUAAUGAUUUAGAUAUUAUAACAGCUAUAAGUUUAUAUGAAGAAAAAAAAAAUGAAAAAGAAUAUAAUCAAUAUGAUAAAAUAGAAUCAGAUAUAAAUUCAGAUUUUAAAGAAAAAGUUAAUUAUUUUUAUUCAUCACUUUCAAGAAAUGGUUAUGGUACAGGACCAACUAAAAUUAAAUUAUUAUUAAGAAGAUUUUUUUUAGUUGAAGAUUCUUUUACUAAAAUAUUAUCUAUUGAUAAUAAUCAAUUAAGAAAAUCACAAUUAAAUAUAAUUUUUGAAGAUGAAGAUGGUUUAGAUUAUGGUGGACCAAGUAGAGAAUUAUUUUUUUUAUUAUCAAAAGAUUUAUUUAAUCCAUAUUAUGGAUUAUUUGAAUAUAGUAAUCCUAAUGUUUAUACUGUUACUAUUUCUAAAAAUAGUAAAAAAGUUAAAAAUUAUUUAAAAUGGUUUGAAUUAUGUGGACGAGUUUUAGGUUUAGCUUUAAUACAUAGAUGUCUUAUUGAUACAUUCUUUCCAAAACCAUUUUAUAAAUUAUUACUUAAUACAGGUUAUGUAAUUGAAGAUUUAAAAGAUAUGGAUAUAGAAUAUUAUAAUAGCUUAAAAUGGAUAUCUGAAAAUGAUAUUAGUGAUAUAGAAUUUACAUUUACUGCAACUACAACAAUAAAUGAAAAAAAUAUUGAUAUUGAUUUAUUACCUGAUGGAAAUAAUUUACCUGUUACUGAAUAUAAUAAAGAUCAAUAUAUAAAUUUAUUAUUAAAACAUAGAAUAGAAAGAAAUAUUGAAGAACAAAUUAAAGCAUUAAAAAGAGGAUUAUAUGAUAUAAUAGAUUCUAAUUAUUUACGAAUAUUUUCUCCAUCACAAUUAUCACUUCUUUUAUCAGGAAGUAUGGAUAUUGAUCUUGAAGAUUGGAGAGAAAAUACAGAAUAUAAAGGUGGAUAUUUUGAUUCACAUGUAGUUAUAAAUUGGUUCUGGAAUGUUGUAUAUAAUUUAACUAAUGCUGAAAGAUUAAAAUUACUUAAAUUUGUAACUGGCACUAGUAGUAUACCUUUUGAAGGUUUUAAAGGUCUUCGUGGUUCAAAUGGAGGAUUAAAAAAAUUUACUAUUGAAAAAUGGGGAGAAUCAAAUAGUUUACCAAGAGCACAUACAUGUUUUAAUAGACUUGAUUUACCUCUUUAUAAAGAUCAACAAAUAAUUAAGAAUAAGUUAUUAACUGCUAUCAAUGAGAGUGAUUCAUAUGCUAUAGAAUAA